GUCCCCUGAGCCCCCGCCCCCGCACAGCCGCGGGCCGAGGACGGAGCCGCGACGCUCCCCGGCAUCCCUCGGUGCAGGCUGGAGCGGGGAGCCUUUCAAAACUCCUCACGUUCAUCCCCCUCACGAAGAAAAAGCUGCUUUAGUCGCAGGAUCCCGACGUUGGAAGAGCUCAGAGCUCCCCUCCCAGCCUGAUGCGACCCCUGCCGCCCCCUCGGCCGGACCAGGACCAGGGAGCGCGCCGUUCCCUUUACGCUGGCCUCUGGGAAACGUCGGAACAGACCCUGUCGCCCAGCGUGCCCCGGGUCGCUUCGGCAGCACCUCACCUCACGAGUGCGCCGUGUCGCUCCCACCCCUUCUCUCUCUCAGCAGCCUCGGGGGCUCCAGCGAUUUCUCGUGUGGUUGGUCCCUAAGAGGAGAUUAGUGUUUGUCCUCACAGUUUGACUUUCAUCCGCUCGCUCCUCAGCAGUGAAGCUGACUCUUGGUCUCAGCUGUCCCGGGGGUCGCCGUUCCUCUCGGUUUUGUCAUUUGCACCUUAACCGGGAUGACUGUGACGUUGUGGUUUCGAGGCCAGAUGCAGAGCCCUCCAGCGGGGCUACCGGACACCUCCUCAGACGGAGGCAUCGGUCUGAUAAUCACCUUUCGUAGGUGCUUUUUCUUAGGGGGAGUUGGCUGACCGGCUGUAAAGCCACCGUCUGAGCAGGGCUUCACAUUUUUAAAGAAAUGCCCUUGGAGUGGUCUGUGGUCCGAUACCCACCCGCCACUUCCGUCUGGCUCCCUGCCUCAGUAGGCCGGGGGGCUGCAGGCGUGGCUGCAGCUGCUUCCUCCUCACCGGGACACACCCUGUCACUGUAUCACUGUAGCUCAGGCCCAUCUCCUCCUGCAAGGAACGGGGCUGUGCUGUUUCCCACACCUGGCCGCCACCCACCCGAGGCAGCCGUGUCCCUGGACCGUCCUCAGCAGCACUGAGGAGCCCGUUGGACACGGAGCUCUUUGGCCCUGUCCUGACCCACCAAAUUGUGAUCUCAGUUUAGCAAAAACUUCCAGGUAAUUUAUAUGCACACUGACAUUCGACAGGUGCUCCUCUUGGGUUCUGCACCCCAUUCCACCGUUGGUGGAGGGUGGUCCCGAACCCACACCAUCUGCAGCACUUCUCUGGCCACUAGCAGGGCAUCCCACAGUUCAGCUGCCUCUGACGCUGUCCACCUGAAGAUGGCCUCAGAUCCCACCAGUUGAGGGCUCAGGCUCCUGCCCCCCGCCCCUCCCCCACAGACCUCUUCAGAUGCCAGCCGCAAGUCAGGGUGCCACCUGUGCUUCUGACCGACCAGCUGGGUGUCUGAGGUUUCCGUGACCCCCUCCUGGGGUCUGAUUACUUCACUGGAGUGGUCACAGAAGCUCACCCAGGGACUCAUUAGACUGGUUUAUCAGAGUAUACAAAUCAGCAGCCAAGUGGAUACAUCAGAUGACGUCAUAAACAAAGGAGCUUCCGUCGUCUUGGAGUUGAGCUGGCCCAGCAUGGUGGCACUUAGAAGCAUUCUGUUCCCCAACCUGGAAACUCUCUGAAGCCCCCUGCUCCCCUGCCUGGAAACUGGGGGGUACUGAACGUCCCCCAGUCACCAGAGGUGUUUUCUAAAGUCACUCCAUUAACACGAGCCCAGUUGUGGUAGGAAGGGGCUCAUUAUGAGUAACAAGACCCCCAAGUCACCUGGACGGCCCUGAAGUGACUUCAGGAACCAAGGACAGGAAGCCAAGAAAGAUGGCCCCAUAGUGGCUCAGGAGAAUCCGAGGCUUAUGGGAGCCCUGAGCCGGGAACCGUGGACCAAGACCAGUACACGUGGGGAAUGUAUGUGUCUUGGUCAUCUGAACGAAUAUAUGUGUUUCUUACAAAUCAGGUUGUCCCAGCUCCACGUGCCUCUCCCCCAUCUUUUGCUUCAGUGUCCUUAGCAGUCAUGUCCAGGAUGUCCCUCCCCUCCAAGUAUGUCUCAGGUGAGCUGGGAGCUGGACUCGGAGGUGCUGCUUCCCCCAGAGCAGACCCGUCUUCCCAUCCGCUUCAGAUGCCUCUUGAAGCAUCUGCGUGUAGGACCCGGGACGGCCUUCGCCUGGUGUCUCUCUGUGAAGGGAGGAGAAAGCACAGACCCAGGAACCCCUGGUCUCCCCGAAGUCGGUGCUGGCCACAGCACAGCGUCCUGGGGAAUGUCAUCCAAGGGAGCGCCCCACCCACCCCGGGGCCAGUAGUGCCUGAGCUCUCAAGGGUUCCUUUUGAUGGCAGACGUCGUUUUAAGAGAGAUGAAAAUUCCAAUCUUUUAAUACCUCUGUUUGAUAGAAAAAAACAUAUGAAAAGGAUGAAUUCAGUGACUCAAGUGCAUCUGUAGCCACGAACCAUGGACGUGCACUUGAAAGCUUGCAGAGCAGGUGUUUUGUCAGCAGGCCUGGGGCACAUAUCCGAGCCUUACGCUUUCCGUGCUAAGCCUCCACCGCCUCCACUGAGCCUAAGCAGCCUGAAGCCACCAGGGAUCUUGGGUGUCCCUGGGUGGGGCUGUCUCCACUCCUCGGAGCCGAGGCUGGUGCAUGGACCACAGGCCUUUGUCCUCCAGGAACGACUGGCCGGGCAGCCAGCCGAGCCCCCAGGCAGCGAGCUCUCCCGCAGCCCGCCUCCCCCACACCCUGCCACCUGGGCACCAGUGGAACAUCCUAAAUCUGUAUCCGGAGACAGCUUCCUGCACCACUUACCGCUCCAAACUGUUUAUUAUUCCACUGGUUUACGGCGACCGGACAAAUAUUCCAUCCCCAGCCUUCCUGGUAGUUUUGGUCAGAGCGGCCAGCCCAUGGCCAGGGUCUGGUUCCGGCUCGCCGCGAGCAGCGUCCUGCCAAGCCACACGGGCCCGAUGAGGGGCUGUCCUCAGCACACCGGGCCGUGGCUGCAGGACUGUUUGGACUGCCUGGUGCUCUUGGGCUUUGAUGAGGAAAUUCAUGCCUCUGUCAUCAUCCCCGCGGCCGGUCACAUAACUCAUCUGAGGUGCAUUAAAGCCGGGGCUGGUUUCCAAGAAUGUACAUGAAUGUGAGCACACGGAGAGGUCUCGUGGAAGAAAACAAGCUGUGGAAUCGUCCAGACCUGGUUCAGUCCUAGCCUGCUGCCUUCCAGCUGUGUGACCUGGACAGACCACUCCCUCCUCCCUUUUCCAAAAUAUGCAUUUUUACCCUCAAGCUAAUAAUGCUUAUUUGGAAAAGUUGCUAUAGAGUAGAAAUAAAAAACCACUUGGACA